UGUUGUUUCUAGUCGCCGGAUAGCCAAGCCACUCAACAUCCAGCCAUCCGUUCGCUGUCGACUGAGGAGCCGCCGCCAGUUCGGUUCGAUUGAGUGCCCGCCCGGGGUCGAGGCAUGUAUCUUGCGGAUACAAAUUGAAUUGCAUAUUGCAGCUGUCGUUGCGCGCGUGUUGCCGAUGGAAAUUGUGGAAUUAUAACAAUUAUUCUCGUGUGCCAGUGUGAAAGUGAAAUAGCGGCCAGGCCUCAAGAGCGACGCAAUUAAAUGAAAAUCGUUUUGAAGUCCAUUCAUUAAUUGAGCUCACGCCCGCAGUAUCUCUGUAUCUGUAUCUCGGCGGUGCGAGCGCUUCAACAAGUAAGGCCAAAACAAAAACCACUGGAGUGGAAGGAGUGGCGCGGCUUGACAAAAACAACUGGGAGCGUCCUUGAGCCCGUGAUUUAAACACCUGUUCUUGAGCCGAGAACCUCUGAGAGAACAAUUCGCGUUGUUUAAUUAAUAUUCGAGACACAGUAUCGCGGCGAGAGAGGGCCGGAGGAGCGGAGAAAGAUGAAUAAUUUCACAACCACAACAGCCGCCGCACCACCGCCAGCCACAAAGGAGUCCCUGCCCCGAUCAGGACAUGUUAAUGAGGUUUGCAAGGAAUGGCUCGUGCGGGAGGACGGCGCCCUGGCCUACAAGCUGCAGUCCCAAGAGAUUAACGACUUCUACAAGGGGAAUCGGUACAGGAAUGCGGUGGUCCGGGAGGACUUUCCCACAGCCCUGCACGAGCAGAUCAAGGAGAAGGAGCAGGCCCAGCGCAGGGUGGAGGCCUACCGGAGACGACUGACAGAACAGGAGGAGCACGACAAGCGAGUAGCCAAAGAAAUAGCCGACAAGCUGGAGCGAGAUCUGCAGGAGCAGCAGCAGAAGGAGUUGCAACAGAGCGAGCUGAUAGCCAAGCAGAUGCAGGAGAUCUAUGUGAACCUGCCGCCCGUGCCGCCACCUGCAACCCGCGACAAGAGCCGCCCGCCGCCCCGCCCCGCCAAAGCAAGUAUACACCAGCAGCAGUAUCAGACACAACAACAGCCACAACACCUGACACUGAACGGCCUGAACCCAGAGCCGAGCACAUCGCAGCAGGCUAGAUACCAGCAGCAGCAACAUCCACACUUUUCAGAAACAGACAACUAUGUAGGGUUAUCGCUCGUACCAAAUAUUGUAGAUAUGCCAGCCACCACUUCGGUGAACGCGGCAACCGCCAUUGCUGCGGCAUGCACCUCUCCCAGUAGAACUGCACAGACACACGGCCAGCUGCUGGUGAGUGAUAGCUUAUCAUUGCCGCAGCAGCAGCCACAUCACUCGCGCUCUCAUCACGCACCUCAGCAGCAUCCAUCCACGCCGACACGUCGCCAUGCCCCGGCAGCAACAUCUGCAACAUCCACAACAUCUUCAGCAAACAUACCUAGCACCUCAUCCAUAACUCAGCACCCACCCACUCCCCAGACCACUCCGCAGGCAGCUGACAUCGACGAGCUCGUGGACUAUGCCGAUGUUGCUGACAGCAUUCGCGACUACAACAUAACAGCUGCGACACCCGCAGCCGGGGAGACAGCAACAUCAGCUAGUGUUGUCGAUGCAGCUGCAACACCUCUGCAGAGCCACAAGCAGCGCACGCCGUCUCACGAGAAUCUCCUAAGAACCGAACCCAAAUUUCAGAAACUGUCGCCCGAAAAGUACGAUCAGCUGGUGGGGAACUUCGGGCUGGGCGCCUCCGCCAAGGCGGCCGAGCGGCACAUGCAACAGCACGCGGACGACAUCGAGCUGUACGUGGAUCCCUGCGACUAUGCCAGCCUGCGGGAGAUCGGUCUGCCAAUGGAGGAAAUCCAGGAGAUGAGCAAGAAGCUCAAGCAGGAGCAGAAGGAUGAGCUUCUGGCUCGGCGUCUGCAAGCCAUCGAGUCCAAGGACUGCGUGCGGCAGGAGCACAGGGAUCGCAUGCUGGCCAUUGAAGCGCAGGACAAGGAGCUGGCCAAGAUGCUACAGGAAAGGGAGAAGGCCAAAGCCAAGCGCGCCAAGGAGAAGGCUCGUCUGAGGAAAUCCCAACAGAAGGAAGCUGCCGCCAAUGGAAACGGAAACGGGAGCCUGCUCUGCGGCACCAACUCGCACUGCGGCCCCCUUCUUGCCCUGCCCCAGGACUGUCUCUCUGGUAGCAAUGGCAACCACCCCGAGAUCGACGUAGAGGCCUACUCGAAUCCCAUCGAUGUCCUCAAUAACAGUCGCGAGCAGCGCCACCACAACGGAACCCUGACGAACGGCAGCCUCACAAGAGAGAGCGGAGGCUCCAAUCACAGUUCCAUGCAACGGCAGCAGCAGCAGCAGCAGAUGAACUUGCCAUCCACCAGGGGAGAGGACGACAUAUACACACUGCCAGUGGACAACUGCCGGCCAGGACAACGACCCGUGUCCCUGCACAUGGCGGCGGAGCAAGUGCAGCAAAUGCAGGCCCACAAUUCCAUGACGCGAUCCGAGCACUACGGCUCCGAGGCCGGCUCCCACGACAGCUCCCAUCACAGCGGCCAGGACAUCGCGCCCCACAUGAAGUACUCCAAGUCCGGAAAUUUUGGUAUAUAUAUCAGAGCGCCAGUCCCACGCCGCCUUACAUGCCGAUUCAGGGUACUCGACGAUCAAAUUCAAGUGAAGAUCGUAAGAAGAAGUCCAAGGACAACAAGUGCACGCAUCAGUGAACCAUAACCAUUCUACGAUAACCGUAUAUAUAUUUUUUACUUUCUCGACAAUGAAAUUGUUCAGAUCAUGCUCUUCUUUCCCAUCUUUCUCAUAUUUGUAUCUGUAUCACUAGAAGUAGUGUGUAGUCUUAACUAUUGAUAAUAAAAUAAUGUAAAGCCUAGUGA